AUGAAGCUCUCUGCAGACACGCUUGAGAUCAUUGCCUGCGCCGUUCUCAUCUCUGUGAGCCUUGUAGGAAACACAUGCUUAUUCUAUUCCACAAGCAAGUGCAUCGCUGGGGGCCUGCAGACCUCCUUUCUUCUCAUCAUCAGCCUUGUGUUCGUCCACCUUACUAAAAACCUGGUGGUGAACAUCCUGAAGAUUGUUUACUCUUCUGGUAUCUUGCUGGAUUCAGCGGGCUGCAAAGUUCUGCAAUUCACUGCAGCCCUGACUACGUCCCUGGCCAUCUGGUUCAUGUUACACUUUGCAUUGCUCUACCUCCGGAAGCUUUACCAAAUUGUCUACCCCUUGAGUGGGGCUGCAAACCCGGAUCCACAGAGGUACUCGUUGAAGGGGGUUUCUGCACUUUGGGUGGCUGGUGUGGCAGUGUAUAUCCCAGUGUUGAUAUACACGAGAAAACCAGAACCCCCGAAUUCUGGAAAUGAUACGGGCUCCUUGUCUACUAACAGAAUGUACCUGGGUUGCUUGACUGGUUUUGGAAAUGACCAGGUAGAGCUCUACUAUGGGAAAAUAUUUCUAGUUUUGGUUGAUAGUCUUCCUUUAGCCAUCUUAGUGUUUGUCUGUCUCUGGAUGGCUCUCCUCCUUUUAGAGAAGAAAAAGAUGACAUAUGGGGACAUCUGGAUUGGAGAUGAUGAUUCAGAAACCGAAGUCCUUCGAGGGGCCAAGUUCAGUAUCUUGUUAAUGUUGCUGAUCACUCCGCUGUGGGUUUCUCACUUUGUCUUAGUCUGCUUCUUGAAGGACUUGGCAACGUGCGUCUUUAUUCCAGCUGUUCUCACAGCCCUCUCUUCCGGCUUCUCCGCUCUCAGUCCUUUCCUGCUUAUGCUGGUUAAUUACAAAAUGAAGCUGGUGUCCUUCUGUGGAAUCAGUCAGGAAAAGUCCACAACACAGCCUGCAGAUGCCAUUCCGUCUCCAUAUGCUUGA